AUGGCUGACCCUAGCCCAAAAUGGAGAGAGCACAGUUUUACCAACUGCUCUGAAUUGCCCUGGGAAUGUGUUGGCGAAACUUUAACCAUAGAAUAUGGGGAUGGGGAUGGAGAUUGGGUGAUUUUGAGUUGUAGGCCAGAUUUAGAUGUUGUUGACGGGUACAAUGAUCCUCCUCAUUAUUGUCAUUAUGAAUGGAAGUGUACUUUUAUAACCGUCCAUUUGAUGUCCAAGUACUACACAUUACUAACAUGUUUUGAACCUGAUCUGAAGAUUCUACAUGGUUACUUACCCCUUGGAGAUAAACAUUUACCUGUGCGUGGUGUAGAGUAUAAAUUGGUCCAUCGACAAGGUCGAGAAAUCUGCCUUAUUAUAUCCGUAGACAGAGGGGACGAGUUCGAGGACGGGAAGAUGGAGAGGAUGCAGACUUAUGUCAUGAUUUUCGAAUUUGAAAUUGAGAAGGGCAAACACACCUUAGCCUUCAAAAUCUUGCAUCCUGCUUCCAUGAUUAUAGACGACCAGUCAUCUAAAUCUAUAACCAAUAAAGUAGGCCUGGAGGUGUUGGAUCUCAGAACAAAUUUACAAGUUUAA